AUGAGUGGCGACACAUCGCCACCUACCUACACAUCCGGAAGCGGGGGAGCGGGCAGCAGUGGAGGCACCGCCCCGCCUGUUUACCAGUCCGGCGCAAACACCGAUGCAGGCGUUCAGCUGUCGACCACCACCACCGCCGCCGCCGACGGCGUGGGCAUUCUUCUCAACCGCCUGGAAGACUUCGAAAGACGCCUCAACUCGCGCUUUGGAGGCGUUGAGACACGCCUGGGACGCAUUGAGGCUGAGCUCUCCACGAAGGCCUCCAAGGACGAUGUGGCCUCCAAGGACGACGUCCGCCGCGCUGGGUGCCGUUGCGAGGGCAACCCGCCCGCGCUGAAGCAUGAACUCCUGGCUCAGGCUCCUGCCGCUCCUGAGGAUCAAUCCCACCCAAAGGCUUGA